CCUCCUCCCCUCGCGUUGGAAAGUUUCUAGAAUCUCUUCCCAGCAGCCUUUGCGGUUCCAACAUGGCGGAGCUGACGGUGGAGGUUCGCGGCUCCAACGGGGCUUUUUACAAGGGAUUUAUCAAAGAUGUCCAUGAAGACUCCCUCACAGUUGUUUUUGAAAAUAAUUGGCAACCAGAACGCCAGGUUCCGUUUAAUGAAGUUCGAUUACCACCACCACCUGAUAUAAAAAAAGAAAUUAGUGAAGGAGAUGAAGUAGAGGUAUAUUCAAGAGCAAAUGACCAAGAGCCAUGUGGAUGGUGGCUAGCUAAAGUUCGGAUGAUGAAAGGAGAGUUUUAUGUCAUUGAAUAUGCUGCUUGUGAUGCCACUUACAAUGAAAUAGUCACAUUUGAACGACUUCGGCCUGUCAAUCAAAAUAAAACUGUCAAAAAAAACACCUUCUUUAAGUGCACAGUGGAUGUUCCUGAGGAUUUGAGAGAAGCGUGUGCUAAUGAAAAUGCCCAUAAAGACUUUAAGAAAGCAGUAGGGGCGUGCAGAAUUUUUUAUCAUCCUGAAACUACCCAGCUAAUGAUACUGUCGGCCAGUGAAGCAACUGUGAAGAGGGUAAAUAUUUUAAGUGACAUGCACUUGCGAAGUAUUCGGACGAAGUUGAUGCUUAUGUCCAGAAAUGAAGAGGCCACUAAGCAUUUAGAAUGCACAAAACAACUUGCAGCAGCUUUUCAUGAAGAAUUCGUUGUGAGAGAAGAUUUAAUGGGCCUGGCAAUAGGAACACAUGGUAGCAACAUACAGCAAGCUAGGAAGGUUCCUGGAGUGACUGCCAUUGAAUUAGAUGAAGAUACUGGAACAUUUAGAAUCUAUGGAGAGAGUGCUGAGGCUGUAAAAAAAGCUAGAGGUUUCUUGGAAUUCGUGGAGGAUUUUAUUCAGGUUCCCAGGAAUCUUGUUGGAAAAGUUAUUGGAAAAAAUGGCAAAGUUAUUCAAGAAAUAGUGGAUAAAUCUGGUGUGGUUCGAGUAAGAAUUGAAGGAGACAAUGAAAAUAAACUACCUAGAGAAGAUGGAAUGGUUCCAUUUGUAUUUGUCGGCAAAGAAAGUAUUGGCAAUGUGCAAGUUCUUCUAGAAUAUCACAUUGCUUACUUAAAGGAAGUGGAACAACUAAGAAUGGAACGCCUGCAGAUUGAUGAACAGCUACGACAGAUUGGUUCUAGGUCUUAUAGUGGAAGAGGCAGAGGUCGUCGCGGUCCUAAUUACACCUCCGGUUAUGGUACAAAUUCUGAGCUGUCUAACCCAUCUGAAACAGAAUCCGAGCGUAAAGACGAGCUGAGUGAUUGGUCAUUGGCAGGAGAAGAUGAUCGAGAGACUCGACAUCAGCGAGAUAGCAGGAGACGCCCAGGAGGAAGAGGCAGAAGUGUUUCUGGGGGUCGAGGUCGUGGUGGACCACGUGGUGGCAAAUCCUCCAUCAGUUCUGUGCUCAAAGAUCCAGACAGCAAUCCAUACAGCUUACUUGAUAAUACAGAAUCAGAUCAGACUGCAGACACUGACGCCAGCGAAUCUCAUCACAGUACUAACCGUCGUAGGCGGUCUCGUAGACGAAGGACCGAUGAAGAUGCUGUUCUGAUGGAUGGAAUGACUGAAUCUGAUACAGCCUCAGUUAAUGAAAAUGGGCUAGAUGAUAGUGAAAAAAAACCCCAGCGACGCAAUCGUAGCCGCAGGCGUCGUUUCAGGGGUCAGGCAGAAGAUAGACAGCCAGUCACAGUUGCAGAUUAUAUUUCUAGAGCUGAGUCUCAGAGCAGACAAAGAAACCUCCCAAGGGAAACUUUGGCUAAAAACAAGAAAGAAAUGGCAAAAGAUGUGAUUGAAGAACAUGGCCCUUCAGAAAAGGCAAUAAACGGUCCAACUAGCGCUUCUGGCGAUGAAAUUCCUAAGCUACCACGUACUCCAGGAGAAGACAAGACUAAGACCUUAAAAGAAGAAAGCACUCAAGAAGCAGCAGUGAAUGGUGUUUCAUAACUGAAGGAAGUUCCUAGUUUACAGUUGUUUUACAUUACAGUUACAAUAGUGCUUGUACAAGCUUGCCAAAGAUAGAAUAUGGAUCGCCAGUCUUACAUCGCACUUUCAGUUCCUCCAUUUGGAAUUCAGAAAGGGGAGGGAUCCUGAAGAAAUCUUA